AUGUUCCAGAGGUCGCUCAAGCAGAUCACAAGGCGGUCAAACAGACCACAAGGCGGUCAAGCAGACCACAAGGCGGUCAAGCAGACCACAAGGCGGUCAAACAGACCACAAGACGGUCAAACAGACCACAAGACGGUCAAACAGACCACAAGACGGUCAAACAGACCACAAGACGGUCAAACAGACCACAAGACGGCCAAGCAGACCACAAGGCGGUCAAACAGACCACAAGGCGGCCAAACAGACCACAAGGCGGUCAAACAGACCACAAGGCGGCCAAACAGACCACAAGGCGGCCAAACAGACCACAAGGCGGUCAAACAGACCACAAGGCGGCCAAACAGACCACAAGGCGGUCAAACAGACCACAAGGCGGUCAAACAGACCACAAGGCGGUCAAACAGACCACAAGGCGGCCAAACAGACCACAAGGCGGCCAAACAGACCACAAGGCGGCCAAACAGACCACAAGGCGGCCAAACAGACCACAAGGCGGCCAAACAGACCACAAGGCGGCCAAACAGACCACAAGGCGGUCAAACAGACCACAAGGCGGUCAAACAGACCACAAGGCGGUCAAACAGACCACAAGGCGGCCAAACAGACCACAAGGCGGCCAAACAGACCACAAGGCGGCCAAACAGACCACAAGGCGGCCAAACAGACCACAAGGCGGUCAAACAGACCACAAGGCGGUCAAACAGACCACAAAGCGGUCAAACAGACCACAAGGCGGCCAAACAGACCACAAGGCGGCCAAACAGACCACAAGGCGGCCAAACAGACCACAAGGCGGCCAAACAGACCACAAGGCGGCCAAACAGACCACAAGGCGGCCAAACAGACCACAAGGCGGCCAAACAGACCACAAGGCGGUCAAACAGACCACAAGGCGGUCAAACAGACCACAAGGCGGUCAAACAGACCACAAGGCGGUCAAACAGACCACAAGGCGGCCAAACAGACCACAAGGCGGCCAAACAGACCACAAGGCGGUCAAGCAGACCACAAGGCGGUCAAGCAGACCACAAGGCGGUCAAGCAGACCACAAGGCGGUCAAACAGACCACAAGGCGGUCAAGCAGACCACAAGGCGGUCAAGCAGACCACAAGGCGGCCAAACAGACCACAAGGCGGUCAAGCAGACCACAAGGCGGUCAAGCAGACCACAAGGCGGUCAAGCAGACCACAAGGCGGUCAAGCAGACCACAAGGCGGUCAAGCAGACCACAAGGCGGCCAAGCAGACCACAAGGCGGUCAAGCAGACCACAAGGCGGCCAAGCAGACCACAAGGCGGCCAAACAGACCACAAGGCGGCCAAGCAGACCACAAGGCGGCCAAACAGACCACAAGGCGGUCAAACAGACCACAAGACGGUCAAACAGACCACAAGGCGGCCAAACAGACCACAAGGCGGUCAAACAGACCACAAGACGGUCAAACAGACCACAAGACGGUCAAACAGACCACAAGGCGGUCAAACAGACCACAAGACGGUCAAACAGACCACAAGACGGUCAAACAGACCACAAGGCGGUCAAACAGACCACAAGACGGUCAAACAGACCACAAGGCGGUCAAGCAGACCACAAGGCGGUCAAACAGACCACAAGGCGGUCAAGCAGACCACAAGGCGGUCAAGCAGACCACAAGACGGUCAAGCAGACAUUUCAACUCUCCGGAACACUGCGCAAAUUUAAAGAAACAAAUAGCAGCUCAAAGAUCACCUUUUAACUGA